AUGGAAAAUUGGUCGGUUGAUCAAGUCUGCAACUGGUUGAGACAAAGAAAUUUAGGAGAACUAGUUCCUAAGUUUCGUGAAGAAGAAGUAAGUGGAGCAGCUCUUCUGGCUCUUAAUGAUCGUAUGGUGCAGCAGCUGGUGAAGAAGAUUGGGCACCAGGCAGUGCUGAUGGACCUGAUUAAUAAAUACCAGCAACAAAAAAACGGGCUAGAAUCCCUUACCUACUGUUGUGAAAAAGCUUCUCCAAAAUUCCCAGAAGUAGCCAGUGGGGCUACUGACAGACAAAUGUUACAUUCUUCUGGUCCUGUGGAGCAGAAAAAAUAUCUGUGCUCAACUGAAAAUGAAGAAGGACUAAUUGAUCACAGAGUGCUAAAGCAAAAAAAAAAUCUGAAAUCAUUUUUUGCAAGAUACAAGACGUUGCAGUGGACAAGUUCUUAUGCUUUGCCAGACUUCCCUUACGAUGUCAAGUGCAUAUUGGCAGAAAAAAAAUGCCCUGAUCACAGUAUGAGAAUAAGGAUUAUUGAAUUUUUACAAGCAGACAUGACAAAAUACCUAGAAGGAUCACUGUAUCCGAACAGUCAGCAAUAUAACAUUGUUGUCAAUGCUCUGCUGCAGGCAUACCCGUUCCUUGAUGAAGAUGGGAAUGGCUUUUUGCUAUGGAAACGGGCCCUUAAAGAUCGUUUCAAAUACGUGCGGAGACCCAUUGAAGAUGAUGAGCAAGUCCUGAGGAACAAAUGCAAGUUUGGCCACAGGCGAGGACAGAGCAGGAAAUCUUCAUUUGCUGAAAACAAACCUGAUGAUGUCCAGGUGCAGGUAGAGGAAGAACCUGUUCAUCUUGAAGGCAGUGCAAUGGAUGUACACAUUAAGUGGCUUAAGCAAGAAUAUAUGAAAACUCAGAGGAACUGGAAAGAAGUGGAUAACAGAAUGAAUGUGACAAUAGAAAUACGGAGGAAGAUGAUCAGUGAUAAGGCACCUCUAAAAGACAUUCUUAGACUAUUUCCUUUCUUAAGAUGCCCUUAUCAGAUUUUUAGGGAGUUCCAGCUUCUCACACACAUGGACAUUUAUAAGAAAACAGUUGAGAUUUUGGAGAUUUAUUCAGAAAACAUAUUAUCUUUGUAUGUGGUGAGGAAUAAUCCAAUUAACAUUAUGCUGCAAGAAAAUCUGAAGCGGCACACAGAGGAAGAUAUUCUGAAAUAUAUGAAAAUGACUGCUGCAUGUCUACUCCUGCCAGAUGUCUUUGGAGACGAUUCCAGUCUGUUUGCUGCAGUGAACGAGGAGGUGAAGGUGGUGACACCAGUGUUGGAAGUAAAAAAUCCGUUCAAUGUGAAUGCAUGUGAAUUUGCGCUGUACGUGGAAAGAGAAGAGCUAGCCCAGCUCGAUGACUGCACCAUGGCCCUGGCUGCACUGGUGGCUGCAUUUCACGUGUUUGAUAUCCCGUGCCCAAAGAGAAUCCACAGGACGCUGAACUUCCUGGAGUCCCUGGUCUUUGAGGUGAGGAGCCCAGCAUCCCUGCUCACCCAGGUAAAGAGAGGGCUGGAGGUACUAGAGUAUCCCAGUAUCUGA